AGACUGGUAACAGCCUAGUGACUUUUUAAUCAUUACUCACCCUCCCCUCCAUAUAAAACUGUGUGCGGGGGUGCUGAUUUAAAUUAAAAUAGAUACAAACCAAGGCAUUAUUCCCAGGCAAAGGCAAGAGAUUUCUGUGCCCCAUAGAAAUGGAUGCAGCAGCUGUCACAGUUUAUCGCGGACAGCGGGAAUGCGGGAGAUCCGCUCUUCCGCCGUCCACCCGUGCUGUCGGCAGGCACAAAGAAUGCUGCUUGUAUGGGGGAGCAAUUGUCAGCCUGUCCCUUUCUGGCCGCGGCUCGCCCGCGGUACCCGGGCGACCAGGAGGUUUGUGAUGCGGGGCUCCCAUCGCAUUUCGCCCCAGACUCGCACCGAAGGACAUCCCCGCCCGCACAGAUCCCUUCGGACCUGGUUUCUGAACUUUCCGUCCUGCCUUUCUUUACUUCAAAACUUCUGUGGAGGAUGCAGCGGCUGGAAUUUGUGCCUCGCUUGCUUGCUUAGACACACGAACAUGCGCGCUUGCACAGGCAGAGCUCUUAAGGUUAGUGCCCUGGUCCAGCUGGGAUAGCCUUUAAACUCUAAACCCUCUCUAUUCUUAAAAUGUCAUUCUGAUCUUCUUUUUUUUUUUUUUUCCUUUCUUUUUCGCGGGAGAGGGAGGAACUCCUACAACUUUCCUCGCAUAGAAAAGCUGUGCUUUUGAAAGGUACCGCAAAGCUCUUCCCCAAACACCGUUCAAGACAUAAAUCAUCUCUUCUCUAACCCUAAACGCCACUCAAGUGUCAAGCAAACAGACAGAUACUUCAAGGGAGAUCAGCCCAAAGGUCUCAAAUCACAGCGUUAUGCUCGCACGGGAUCGGCUCACGGCGGGGGGGAUCAGAGACGGGCGGCCGAAACUCAACAACUAUUUGACAGGUUUUCAACUGAUCAAUCACCGUAUUAGCCAUGCUUUCCCCUACUAUGGAAACAAUAGAGCAAAAUAAUGGAAACAAUUACGAGGAAGCCACACAAGCUGCGCAGAGCCUCAGGCAACCACGUUUGCCAGUCUUUUUUCUAUUGUUAUUAUAAUUAUCAUCACCAUCGUGCCGUUACUACGGCUACAAUGAGCAGCAGCGACAGAAAAAAAAUCACACAGCAAUUCAUCCCUCCGGAUGCAAAAUAAAGAGGGACUUCGCUACCCGACUCCGGUAGCACGUCCCAGCUCUCCCCCAGCAUCCCCUUCUGAGUCAAUCCUCCGCAUAUCACAUUCAGGCUUAAAAACACAAUGAAAAAAGUGUCGGGAAAUCUUACCAAAUC